CUGGCAGCCAGCUGCUUUCAAGGAACCAGUUUAAAAAGGUUCUUGGCUUCUCAGGAAGAAUGACGACGCGGAGGCUCAUCGAUCAGAAGAUGGACUUUCAUCUGAGCCACAGGACCUUGUGACCUUUGACCUAAUGGAGGACAGGAAUGGGGAAUGCCAGGCGUCGGAGGAGACUACAGUGGACUCUGAAAUCAGACGAACCCAAACGGAUCAACAGACGGACAACCACAGGUCCAAAUGGACAAACGGUCAGUGUGUCGCGGCGAUCCCGACCAGUUCAACGCUGAACCCCAGAUUUGAUCUGGAUCUCUGCCGAUCCAAACUGGAGCAGGAAGGAUUUGAGAUUCCUGUGAGAGACCUGGAAGAUCCACUGAAAACAGCUCUGGAUGUCCCUUCAAUCAGAAGAUACAUGGUUUUCAACUCGGGCCUUUUCCACUUUGUUUUAGCGCCGGUGCUUUAUGUGGUGCUGUGGUGUGCAGUUUUCUCAACCCUCCACCUGUACAUCACCGUUGCCAACUACUGGGUCCUCGUUCUGUCCGUCAGCCUGGUCUCCAUCCUCCUCACCACCGCCAUCAUCUACAUUCUCCAUCACAGUAACAAAGAAAUCAAUAUCAACAUCGACGUUCGGUUGAUCCAGGUGAAUGAGAGGAUGAUGAAACAUAAAUUGAUGGUGGGUGUUGCCGACUGGAUCCAGAACUGCACCGGACACAUGCAGCUGUACGUCGUGUACUGGGACACGGCUCGCUGCUUGAGGACGCUGUGUGAAACUUUAGAGGAGCGCAGCUACGUGACAAAUGAAACCCAGAAAACCAUGAAGAGCAGAAUGUCACAUCUCGUCUUGGUGACGGAGCUCCCUCCCGUCAACCCCGAGGCCGGCGGUUCAGACGUCGAGCAAGACUGUGAUGAAAACAGACCUCUGCUGGGAAAUGAGGACACAGGGCGCAGUACGCCACGCAGCCAGCAGGGGGACGCAAAGGUCACCUCUAACUACAGCCUUGUUCCUGCAGCUUCACUACCUGCUCAGGCCAAAGCCUACCAACUUCUGAUGACCUACAGUGCAGCGUAUGUGAAGCUGCUCAUGUCUGAGAGGCUGCCGGGUCCGUCCCGUCAGCGCCUGUGGCCCCUGAGGAGCCACUGCGCCACGGCUCCGGUCUGCCUCUGCCAGUACAUUAAAACCAAAGUCCUUCAAUAAAAAAGAAAACUGAAGGCAAACAGACAAACGAACAGGAUUUAUCCUUCUGGAGCCAACGUGGAUUUAAGUUACGCUGAUCCGCUGAUGGACUCGUUUGGACCGCAACACUCUGUAUUUUGUUAUUGGUGGUUUUUCUCUUCAUCCAGCUUGUUUUAUUUUUACUUGCUUCGCUUCUGAUUUUCUGCCAGCUCUGUGUUUGCACCACCUGGGUGUUUAUUUGUUCACAUUCAGCCAAAUGCUGUCAGCAAUCAGCCCAACUGCUGGCAAACAAUAUUUAUAAUGGUUUAUACAUGACACAUGACAAUCACCACUAUAUUUACUAUCUAGAGUUGUUUCAAUUAUUUAUACAAAUGAUAAUUACACUGCAGAGCUGUUAGAUUUAAUGUGCUGUGUGAAGAAAGCGUUUCUGUGCUGUGCCCUUUAGUUGAAAAGGAAUGAAUGGAUACGGUGUUUAUCACAUUGAUUCAAACGUGAACUCUUGAUAAAAUGGAGAAAAUAAAGUAUACCCACUUUCAA